AACGAAAUGAAAAUACUUCUUUAGCUUGCUAGCAUUCCUGUUUUUCCAGCAGCAGAGAAAACAACAACAGAGGAGCGACGCUGCUGCUGGGCCAACAAAGAGACGCAGCGUCACGGAGCGACGCUCAAUGACGUCAUAAGAUCUGUUGGGUGGCAACGAGAACAUAGUUGAGAUGCAGAAUCUGGAAGAAGAGGACUUUGGUGUUUCAAAAUCAUCAGAUGCCGAUGCAGAAUUUGACAUGAUAAUUGGAAACAUCGAGGAUAUUAUAAUGGAGGAUGAGUUCCAACAUCUUCAGCAGUCUUUCAUGGAGAAAUAUUACAUUGAGUUUGAUGACUCCGAAGAAAACAAGCUCAGCUACACACCCAUUUUUAAUGAAUAUAUUGAGAUCCUAGAAAAGCAUCUGGAACAGCAGUUGAUAGAAAGAAUUCCUGGUUUCAACAUGGAUGCUUUUACAAUUUCUCUUAAACAGCACAAAGAUGAAGUCUCGGGUGAUAUACUUGACAUGCUGCUGACCUUCACUGACUUUGUGGCCUUUAAAGAGAUGUUCAUAGAUUACAGAGCAGAAAAGGAGGGUCGAGGAUUGGACCUUAGUACUGGACUGGUGGUAAAGUCUUUAAAUUCUGCCUCUUCUGCACCGUUGACCUCCAGCAUGACUUCACAAUCUAGCUGAACCAAGCAAAUUGGGAUAUCAUGUAAAUGAACUUGACCAGUCAGCAGAGAUGGUUACUUUAAUUUAAAAAGAUAAAUAUUUAUUAAAAAUUCCUUUCUGACAAAGCUCAGACAAAUAUGUUCACAUUGACAGUUAAACAAAACGGAAGCCAGUUUUCAUUUAGGUUAAUAUUUAAACAUGACACACUGGUAGGCUCUUAUCCAGUAUGAUUUCAAUAACAGUGUUCCUGUGAUCUCUCUGAGUCUCGAUUAGUUGUUCAUAUAUUGUUGGCCUAUACUGUGCAGCGAAACAAUAAUGCUGUUUGACCAAAUGGCUGGCUGAAGAGUAUGAGCAACUCCUAGAGUUUGCUCAAAAUGUUCACUUCUUUUAUAACUGAAAAACCCUUUAUUUUCUUCCAUCUUUUAAAGCAUCUUAAAUUUUCACUUAAUAAAUUAAAAGGGCUUAAAAAAAUCAUUUAAAAAGUAUUAUACAAUGUGUCUGAUAUGACAACAAUUCUAGAAGAAACAUCCACAAGUUUGCCCAGCUAAAAUAUUGCAAUGUAAAAACAAUACACAGUUACCAGGCAUCACUAAUGAUGACCAUUUA